CUUCUCUUUCUCUUCAUCUCGCGUGAUGCUUCUUCUCCUUCUCCUCCUCCGUUAACUAUUCCGUCUACUCAUGCCGUCACGCUCGUGUUCCAAUCUCCUCGACCUCGCCGAGUCGAGCUCGGACUACACCGAUCCAACUCGUCUUCACUCACCUCGUCUUCCCCGAGUCAUGACUCUUUCCAACGUUCUCUCCGACGAUUCACUCGAAUCGCCGCCGUCAUCCCCAUCUCUAACUCGCCGGAUCAUCGUUUCCCAUCGUCUCCCACUCCGCGUUUCCCCACCGGUCCCUCCUUCCCGUAUCCCCUCCUUCUCUCUCGACCCCGAUUCCAUCUCCAUCCUCCUCCUCUCCGGCUUGCCGGAGACGGCCACCGUUCUUCACGUCGGCACCUUCCCCCUCUUCGUCUCGCCGGACCUCCAAGAGGAGAUCGCCGAGCUCCUCCUCUCCCGUUUCCACUGCGUCCCCGUUUUCGUCCCCCCGGAAACCCACUCCUUGUUCUACCAUUCCUUUUGCAAACGCCAUCUAUGGCCACUACUCCACUCUCAGCUCCCUCUCGCCGUCUCCGGCUCCGGCCCAGCCCCUUUUCCGACCAACCUCUGGCGUGCCUAUGUCUCCGCCAACAAGCUCUUCGCUGACAAGGUGCUUGAGAUCACCAACCCUGACGAUGAUCUCGUUUGGAUCCACGAUUAUCAUCUCAUGGCUCUCCCUACGUUUCUCCGCCGGCGAUCACCGCGGAUCAAGCUAGGGUUCUUCCUCCACUCCCCUUUCCCCUCGUCGGAGAUCUUCAAGACUCUUCCUUCCCGUGAGGAACUUCUCCGGGCACUCCUCAACGCUGACCUCGUCGGAUUCCAUACCUUUGAUUAUGCUCGCCACUUCCUCUCCUGCUGCUCUCGUCUUUUAGGUCUUGAUUACGCCUCAAAACGCGGUCAUCUUGCGAUUGAGUACUAUGGCCGGACGGUCACCGUCAAGAUCCUCCCCACCGGGAUUCACGUCGGCCGGCUCCACUCCAACGCUGAGUCAUCGGAGACGAAAUCCAAAGUUUCCGAGCUCGUCGAUAGGUAUUACGGCAAGAUCGUGCUGUUGGGUAUCGACGACAUGGAUGUGCUCAAAGGCAUCGGGCUCAAGUUCCUCGCCAUGGAACGCUUGCUCGAGGACCACCCAUCUCUGCGCGGCAAGGUCGUCUUCGUCCAGAUCGCCAACCCUGCUCGCAGCCAGGGCACCGACAUCCAGCACGUUCAAGACCAGACUCACUCCCUCGCCACCCGCAUCAACGCUCGAUUCGGCUACGAGGCCAUCGUUCUCAUCGAUGGCCCCGUGCCCACGCUCGAGAAGGUCGCAUACUACGCCGUCGCCGAGUGCUGCGUUGUCAAUUGCAUCCGUGAUGGCCUCAAUUUGGUUCCCUACAAGUACACUGCUUGUCGCCAAUGGAGCCCUGCUCUUGAAUCAAAGCCAAAGAAGAGUGUCAUUGUAGUCUCAGAGUUCAUCGGUUGCUCGCCGUCUCUCAGUGGUGCCAUUAGGGUCAAUCCUUGGAAUGUGGAUGAUGUUGCAGAGGCCUUGAAUCUUGCCAUCACUAUGCCGGAAUCCGAGAAGCAGCUCCGGCACGAUAAGCAUUACAAGUAUGUGAGUUCCCAUGAUAUUGCUUACUGGGCUCGUUCCUUUGAUCAGGAUUUGCAGAGAGCUUGCCAGGAUCACUACCUCAAGAGGUGUUGGGGAAUUGGUUUUGGAUUGAGCUUCAAAGUGGUUGCUCUUGGACCGAAUUUUCGGAAGCUCUCUGUAGAACACAUUUCUUCCGCUUACCGGAGGACCAGUAGCCGGCUGAUUCUAUUGGAUUAUGAUGGUACAAUGAUGCCUCAGACUUCGAUUAGUAAGACCCCUAGUGAUGAGGUUAUCUCGGUGUUGAAUGCAUUGUGUGCUGAUCCGAAGAAUGUCGUUUUUGUCGUAAGUGGUCGGGGGAAGGAUUCACUGAGCAAGUGGUUCGCGUCUUGUGACAAAUUGGGGAUCUCCGCCGAGCAUGGAUACUUCACAAGAUGGAGUAAGGAUUCUCCAUGGGAGUCAUGUAUGAUGCCCUCAGACUUUGAUUGGAAAAAGAUUGCAGAGCCAGUAAUGAAGCUUUAUACAGAGACAACGGACGGUUCUUAUAUUGAGCAUAAAGAGAGUGCACUGGUUUGGCAUCAUCAAGAUGCUGAUCCUGAUUUUGGGUCUUGUCAAGCUAAAGAACUCCUUGACCACCUUGAAAAUGUGCUCGCCAAGGAGCCCGUUGUGGUUAAAAGAGGCCAGCAUAUUGUAGAAGUAAACCCUCAAGGAAUAAGCAAAGGUGUGGUGGUUGAAAAUCUAAUCUCAACAAUGUUGAGCAGAGGUAAACCCCCAGACUUUGUAUUAUGCAUCGGUGAUGAUCGAUCGGAUGAAGACAUGUUUGAGAGCAUAACAAGUUCAGUGAAGAACACAUCAUGGCCGGCGAUUUCUGAAGUUUUCGCCUGCACAGUCGGUAAGAAGCCGAGCAAAGCUAAGUAUUACCUCGACGACACAGUAGAUGUUAUAAAAAUGCUUCAAGGUCUGGUAACUGCAUCGACACAGCCGCCGCGGUCUUCUUCCUUUCAAGUCUCAUUUGAAGGAUUGCUUUGAAUAAGUUAUACGCCUCGGCGAUCUUCUUGGCUUCAUCGAUUCAUUGGUUCGGUGAUUGGGAGGAGCAACAUUGACAUAAUGUGACAGAAAAAAAGCCGACUUUUAUUUUUUUGUUCACCAUUAUUUAGUAAGAACAGAUCAUAGUUGAAAUCUAGACAAAUUUCUCUGAUAGUUCAUCUUUGAUGUAAAUACUCAGAAAGCAAAAAAAGUGAAAAAAAGUUAAACUUCUUUUGUGUUCAUGGCCUGUAUUUCAUUUAUAGAAUUUUACUUCACAAGUA